CCCGCGCGCAUGCGUGUUUCCAGGGCUCUGCGGCCGCUCUCUGGGCGCGCGCUCUCCUUCUCUGCUGAGCUCCGCGCGAGGGGGAGCGCGGACCCCUAGGCGUGGUCGCGCUCCCGGCCCCUCUCGUACUCUCGUGGCCACCUCACCAUGGCGGGCAUCCUGUUUGAGGAUAUUUUCGAUGUGAAAGACAUUGACCCGGAGGGCAAGAAGUUUGACCGAGUGUCUCGGCUACAUUGUGAGAGUGAAUCUUUCAAAAUGGACCUGAUCUUAGAUGUAAACAUUCAGAUUUACCCUGUAGACUUGGGUGACAAGUUCCGGUUGGUCAUAGCCAGUACAUUAUAUGAAGAUGGUACCCUGGAUGACGGUGAAUACAACCCCACAGAUGAUAGGCCUUCCAGGGCUGACCAGUUUGAGUAUGUAAUGUAUGGGAAAGUAUACAGAAUUGAGGGCGACGAAACUUCUACUGAAGCAGCAACGCGUCUCUCUGCCUAUGUGUCCUAUGGUGGCCUGCUCAUGAGGCUGCAGGGUGAUGCCAACAACCUGCAUGGAUUUGAAGUGGAUUCCAGAGUUUAUCUGCUGAUGAAGAAACUGGCAUUCUGAAGCACCCAGGAAGCCAACCUUGCUGUUCAGUCACUCAGACCUUGGACAUCCUUUCGAGCCUGAGGAGCAGUUACUGUUGACCACCUGGUCAGAAAGGGCUGGCUGACUGUUCUCUGGGGGUACAUCUUUAGGUGAUCUGGACUCAAUGGGAAACUUGCCUGUGAAAGACCCAGUGGGAGAGCUUAAAACGAAUCAGAAGUUGUUUUGUGUAUAUGAUUUUUUAAUUAAACUUUGCUUUUUCAGACUCUU